AUGGAUAAACCCUUUGGCAGGCUCAUCCGCUCGGAAUUUUUCACCUUCCUCAUUGGACCUGAAAAGGUUCCUUUCGUUAUGAAUUCCGAAGCGAUUACAAAGCAAUCAUCUACGCUCCAUGGACUGGUGAACGGCAAUAUGCUAGAGGCACAUUCUAGAACGGUAGUAUGGCCUGAUGUGGAUGAGGAUACCUUUGCUCGGUUCUGCGAAUUCUAUUAUUUGGACAAUUAUUCCCCGCCUAGCUGUGGCUGGGAUGGUAAUACCGUCGAGGAAGCUCUUCCAGUGGGAGAUGACAGUCAGUCUGAAAAGUUGGCACAUGCUUUGGAAUCACCUUUAGUGUCGCCACAAAGCUUGGAGCCUAGUUCGGAUCUAGAGGACCACAGAUACAUGGUCCCGGAGAGAUGCGCCCGGUUUAGUGAGCAGUUCAAACCCUUCUCCAAUGUCACAGCAGACCAGGACUUUACUCCUGUUUUUCUUGGCCAUGCUAGACUUUAUGUGAUAGCAGACAAAUAUUGCAUCGAGGAGCUAAAAGAGCUGGUGUUGUCCAAGCUCUAUACGACACUAAAAGGUUUCACUCCCUUUCCUAAAAGAAUCGGAGACCUUGUCAUGCUCAUCCAAUUUGUCUACACCGAGGACAACACGCGAGGAUGUUCUACACCGAUUGACCCUCUACGGAAACUGGUGACACGGUACAUGACAACUGUGUUGAAGGACGUUGCCAUGGAUUCUGCUUUUCUCGGACUCCUUCUAGAGGGAGGCGAGUUCGUUUCUGACUUUUGUACAACGGUAUGGGCAAAGCGGGAGAAAUUGCUAGGGGGCAAUAGAUAUUGGGAUAAUAAGGACAUUUUAACUAGUAUUGAGUAUUCAAAAUAGCUCAUGUAGCUCGGCACAAAGGCAGCAACCGAUAAAACCGGCAACAUUCUGGUCCUCUUACAUCAUAGGCCGCGUUCCAUGCAGGCAUCUAGAAGCCGCGGUGAGGAGUGUGCAAGGAGAUGCAUGUACCAAGAGCCGUCCAGGCCAAUAGUCGACGGCCAACGCUCUAAGCAGCCUAUAAAGAACCCUGUAUAAUGUAUGCAGCGACCCUCCGUAAUCAGCGCUAUUAAUAGCCGGACGCUGCAACCCGCCAUCACGGUAGUAUCCCCUGGUCCCGUCUCCUCUUUUCUCCUCUUCCAUGGCUCUUACUGCUGUCGCCAUGCGCCCUCGCCUCGUGCUGGAAGCCACCGCCAACAUCUCGACGUC